AUGACCAGAAGAACCCUCAAAAUAAAGGAGAGCUCCCGCAGCUGCACGCUGGAGCCGGAGAGCAGAAUGCUGGAGAAAAUUCAGAAGGCGCUCACAGUUCAUAACAGAACCAUCAGGGAGCUACUGGCAGAAGCACUGGGGAUGUUCAUCCUGAUGCUCUUUGGCUUGUCUUCUGCUGCUCAAGUGACUUUAGGACGAGGAGAAUUUGGGCAGUAUCUGAGCAUCAAUUUGGGAUUUGGCAUUGGUGUCACCUUGGGGAUCCAUGCAGCUGGAGGAAUCUCUGGAGCUCAUCUGAACGCCUCCAUUACCCUCACUCACUGCCUUUUAGGCAACCUCCCCUGGAAAAAGUUACCAGUUUAUCUGCUCGGCCAGUUCCUGGGCUCCUUUUUGGCAGCAGCUACUGUUUUUGGCAUCUACUACGAUGCACUGUAUGACUAUACCAAGGGGAACUUUACAGUGACGGGACCAACUGCCACAGCGGGGAUCUUCUCCACUUACCCUGCUCCAUACAUGUCCUUGCUGGGAGGCUUCCUCACAGAGUUUAUAGCGACGGUGAUGCUGUUCUUGGGCAUUCUAGUUAUCCAUGAUGAGAAAAAUAACGGAGCCCUGAAGGGCACGCAGGCCCUGCUGACGGGUAUCCUGGUCCUAGGCAUUGGCCUGGCGAUGGGAAUGAACACAGGCUAUGCCAUUAACCCCUCCCGGGACCUGCCCCCAAGGAUUUUCACUGCCAUUGCUGGCUGGGGAAUGGACGUCUUCACGGCUGGACACGGCUGGUGGUGGAUCCCACUCAUAGCUCCAACACUGGGAAGUCUUUUUGGUGUUUUAAUCCACAAACUCUUUAUUGAUUUUCACAAUCAGCCCGUUCUGGAAAGUGGAAAUGAGAAAAGACAGACAGACGUGGAGAUUUCUAGGAUGUGA